AACUUUGGUUACAAAAAUAAAACUCAAUUGCUUAUUUUUAUCAUAAAAUUGACCUUUUAUUGAAUCAAAAACAACACUUUAUUGUUUUUUAUUUUAUUUAAUGUUAAUCAUUAAUACAGUUUUUAACUUAUACAGCCACAAAGUUGGGCUACAGAGUUUUCAAUAGUUUUAUUGUGAAAGAAAUGCCCGGAAGCAGUAUGUUUUAUCCUCUUGUCUUUAACAGAAAAAAGUUUAGAUGUUAUGUAUGUGUGGGUUUUCCUAUACUUUUGACGACUCUUUCCUCGAUAAUGUUCAGUUUUCGCGAUUAUAAAUUAUGAACUUGUGCAAAAUCGAACAAAAGACGCAACUUUUUUCGUCAAACUUGAACAGGGAAAGAAGAUGUUCCCGCUGUGGAAAAUCCUUAGGAAAAAUUGGGAUUUUCUUCCCCCCUUUCUUUGCGUUAACGGCGAGAGCAUGAUAAUCGUUGCGGUCAGUCAGCUAGCGGCUGUCUUAGCUGGUAGCAAAUAGUCACGAAUGUUGCGACUCCGAGUGAUCGUGGGAACUCUGACGAUAUGGAUGUUUUUCCUGAGUUUUCUCCGGGUUUUAAGCCUGCUUUCGCCGUCUUUGUCGCCCUUAUGCCGCCGUCUCCAUGUAAGGUCGCCGGUACCGGAGGCUGGACAUCCUCCGGGCUGUAACGGGACAUGUCGGGCUUCACCACCGCUCACACCUCCUGCGUUGUACUCAGGGAAACAUUGGAACUUUUGCACUGAACAAGAUGGGCUGCGUAUCCAGAAAGGCAAGACUAAAGCAGAAUCAGGUGACUCCGCCCUGUCAGGUCCGGUGGGAUUCCGGGAGCUGUUUUCUGAAGAAAGGCCGGUCUCCUCUUCAGCCCCUCGUGGUCUCUGGGGACACUCUCUGUUCUCGUUCCUUAACUUCAUAUCAAACGCUGUUCUGGUCAGGAGCAGCAGAAACACUCUGACCAGACAAAGCCCUCAUCACAGCCUGCCUCAGGUUCAGAAUGUGUCGAGUCCAUCGUCCUUUUCAGUGAAUUUUAGGAAAUGUGCUCAGGUGAACCUCCAUGCAGAUCCUCCUCAGCUGACCUUCUUCCUGCUGAUCCAUAACACGGGUUCGGCGGGUGGAGCCAACCUGUUUCAGAUGGUGAUCCGGGACUCGGUUUCAGGAAUAACUCCCAUCAGAACGGAUGGCAGAGUGGUGGAAAGAGGCUUCCAGAUGUUUGCGAUCGAUUCACUGAAGGCUGGAUCUCAUGUUUCUGUUAACUAUACUGCUUUUGUAAGAAGUCACAAGAGUGAAGUCCUCGAGCUUCCUGCUUUCCUGACUUUCUCAAACGCCUCCCAGAAUGACAUCUGCAUGUUUGGUCCUUUACAAGCCAACCUGACGUUGAGGCUAAAUUCCAGUGAUGCUAUUUAUCCGAACCAUCGAGUCCAUUUUGCUGGCUUUGCUGCUGGAUUCUUUGUGGCCUUGGUUCUUCUGUCGCUGGGGUUUCUGGCCAUGAACCUGGCUGGUUCCACCACAGCACUGAGUCUCCUCCAGCAGAGAAGAAACAGAGGCGAUUCAGACCCUGAGUAUGCAGACUGCAGCAUGAGCGAGGCCAUCAAAGAUGAAGCCACAUUUGAAGACAAGAUGGUGGAUGUCAUGGUGCUGGAAGAACCUCACAACAUGUACCAAGCUUUGGAAAACAUUGAAAUGUCGACGCUGCUGCGCGCCACCAGCAACCUGGAGCUCAUCCGGAUUCAGAUCUACAAAGACGUGAUGUCCUGCUUGCUUGGCGGUCUGCGUUCUCAGGGUCAGACCAGCAGCCAGGCCCACCAGAGGCUGCUCAGCGUGCUUCAUGGGCAGCUGCUGGGCAUGGAGGGCCGCCUGAAGGAGGAGCGCGGAGAACGCAUGGCGGCCCUCGCCGGUCAUUGUAAUCUGGAGACCCGGGAGGAAAUGGAAGCAGAGCAUCACAGAGAAGCUGCAGAGAAGGCCCGAGCAGAGCGGCUCUGUCAGCACGCAGACCAGCAGGAGCUCCUGCGCUGCAGUGUCCUCCUGGAGAAGCUGCACAAGCUGAGCCAGAGUCGGCUUCAGCGCGCGCUCCUGGUGCGGCACGAAGAAGCCUCGGCGAAGGUGCAGCGGCAGAUCGUGGAGCGGAGGCGGGUGGAGCUGCACAAGAUCUUCUCCGAGGAACUGGAAGAGGCCGUGAGGAUGGGCGAGCUGGAGAAGAGCGCCGCACAAAGUCUCCAGCACAAAUACUUCACCUGUCAGGAUGAGCUGGAGGAGGUGCUGGACGUGGUCCUCGCCAACCAGCGGUACGUGCUGUCUGAACGCAGCGCACAGAGACGGUUCCUGGUGCACAGCCUGCACAGCCUCAACGGCCUGAUUUCAGACUCCUUCUCCUCCACCUCCAGCAGCCUUGACAGCUGGUUUACUCACAUCAGGAGAGGGAGUCUCAUUCCUGCAGAGCAGAUGGAGCAGCUGCAGGAGAAGGCCCAGAAGGAGCUUGUGACGGUCCGACAGAGACUGGACGAAACGCUGAACCAAGAGAGGAGAGCCAUGCGCUGUGGACUGAUCAAGAGGAGGAGGGAGCUCAUCUCUGGCAUGGUGAUGCUGCACAAACAGAGACAGAGGGAUUUGUCGAGCGGGUGUCGAGAUCAGGAGGAAACGGUAGAUGUGGGACAGCAUCUGCGCUGUUGGCGGGACUUGUUGACGUCUCACAGCUUGGAGCUUGCAGAGCUCAUCAACAACCUGGAUGAAGAAGCUGCUGCAGACAUUCGGAAGAUGACCAUGGGGGUGAUACAGGGGGCCUUAGCUGAAGCCAAAACCAUCCAGCCGUCAGCAGCUCAAGCCAUGCUGGCACUGCUGCCUCCAGGAGCUAAACUCCCCUCAGUACCGCCGGAACCAGAGGUGGGACCACGGCAGGCGACUGCACAGGGGACCAGCGCUGUUCUGCAGGGCCAGGACCGGCUCCAUCAGGAGGGCAAGGCGGCCCUACGCACCCUCAGCUGCACCCGGGAGGCGCUGCAGCGAGCCAUGGAGGAGGAGCUGCAGCAGCAGAAGGAGCUGAGGAAGUGCUGCAGGGAUUUCUUCAGCCGUCUGUGUCUCUCCCAGCUGAGUCUGUCAGAGGAGGACCGGCUGAGGAUGAAGCUGGAGUUUCAGAAGUGUCUGUCCGUCAUCGACCGCUGCCUGGUUCUGCCUCAUGCCGUCUCCAGAACCAAGCUACACACCGCCAUGGCGGCAUGGAGGAAGAAGGGCGAGGAGCAGAUGACGUCGAACGGAAAAGCCUGCGAGUCCAGAAAGAAAACAGACGAUCUGCUGCUGUUCCAGACCAGCCUCCAGGAGAGAAUUCAACUGUUCGAGCAGGAGAAAGAAAUGGAGACGGGUUUGAUGGAGCAGGUGUUGGAGGAGAUGCAGAAGGAGAGAUCCGCUCUCCUGCGUUCUCAGACUGACGGUCUCGCCGUUCAGAUGGCUACAAUCCACUACCAGAAGGCUGAGAGAUGGACCACGCUCCUGGAGGCGUCCGGCGCUGCGCUCUCCCUCCAAAGCCUCCUCAUUCAGCUGCUCAGAGAGAGGAAACAUCUGGAGAAGCAGGAGCUGGCUCAGCUCAUACAGAGCCACUGCCAGGACUUACAGGAAGCAGAGCAACAUCUGGAAAAGGAUGAGCUGCAGUCGUGUGAGUCUGGAGUCCCAUCAGGUCGAUCCUGCCAUAAAGAACCUGAGGAGGAGGAGUGCAGCGAUGAAGAUGAACAGUUUCAGCUGCGCUCAGACGCCAUGAUGACAACUGUCCUCCAGGAGGCGCUUCACAAGUGUGAGCGGGUUCUCACACUGAUGACUGAGAGGUUUCUAGAAAUGAGCACUAACCAUCAGUCUGUGGAGGAUUCAAAAGAAGCGAUGGAGCUGAAAAGACUCCGUUCCCUCUGCGACCUGGAUCUGGAGUUUACAUCUCAGCUGGUGAAGCAGACUCACGUAUCCACCGCCACCCUGCAGGAGGUGCUGCGCCUGCUCCUACCAGCCCUGCCGGAGAGCCAACUUCUGUCCCUCAGUGACGCCGUCUACCCCAAACACUCUGCAGAACAGGAGCAUUCUGGAUUCCCUGGAGACGUGAACGCAGUCCUUCCUGUCAAGCUGCGAGGAGACGUGGUGCAGAAAAAUGCCAUGAACGUGGCUGGCUGUGCGGUGGAAGCAGAGAGACUGCAGGAACAGAGGCGGAGUCUGAUGGAAAAACUGCUCCCAUCAUCCACCCGGCUGCCCUCAAAAGACACUGAAGCUCCACUGACUGAAGGGAAAGGAAAGCAGGGCAGACUUUUGAAAACGCCACCCCCACCGCCAGAACAUCAACAGCAGGUGAAGCUGACCUCAGCAGAGGAGCUGGACUCUGCAGCAGAAGAACGGCUGUUUGUCUUUCGGGAUCCACCGGAGGCGGAUCGGGACCAAGCACAGAUCCCGAAGAGACCAAAAAAGAGGAAUUUCCUAAAUUUAAAGAAAAGUUCAGUGGCUCCAGCAGACUUUCCAUGACAUGACACCCAGACUUUCUCUUCAGUGUGUAAUGAUGGCACAGGGUGGUAAACAGUUUAUCCACUUAAAGGGUAACCAAACAGGGAAGUUGGAGGCUGACUCCACCCACAACCGAAAUUUGAAAAUCCAGUCAGAGGGGCGGGGCUUGGGGGGCAGGACUGUUACCAUUACUGGAGCUGCAGAUCAUGA